UAAGUAGCCUACAUCAUGAUGUAUGUGUGUCUGUCUGACCCCGCCCUCCACCCUCCACCCCAGAGGCUACAGGUGCUGUUUGCUGUGGGAACAGACGGAGAGGUCAGUGAGCCUCUGGAGGUCAGUGCUCUGGACUGUGACACGGUGGAGCAGGUCAAGGAGAAGAUCCUCCUGGCCUUCAAGACCAAGUUUGGCUUCCCCUACAACACCCCUCUCCGACAGAUGCACAUCGAGUAUGAGAAGGAUGGAAGGUUUGUCCCACUGAAGGAGGUGGAUGCCAGCUCAGAGGUUCUAGGAGAAGUGACCAUGCUCAACACACUCAAGCACUACAAGGUACCGGAUGGAGCGUCCAUCAAAGUGCUCUCUAAGACCCAUYCCACUCUGAGUCCUCAGAGCAGCCUGAAAGACGAUCAGAACUACUCCACAAAGUACUUCCAUCUGAUUGACCCUGACAUUGACCAGGACCAAAMGAAGAACCCCGAGAGGAAGACGCUGAAACUGAAGGAAGUGUACCUCACCAAGCUGCUGUCUACCAAGGUGGCUGUGCAUUCCUUUGUGGAAAACCUGUUCAGAACGAUCUGGGGAACCCCUAACCUCAAAACCCCGCCUGCCAUCAAGUACUUCUUUGACUUCCUGGACGCCCAGGGAGAGAACAAGAGGAUCAGUGACCCGGAUGUASUMCACAUCUGGAAAACCAACAGCCUGCCCCUGCGGUUCUGGGUGAACAUCCUGAAGAACCCCCAGUUUGUGUUCGACAUGGAGAAGACCCCACCUCUGGAUGGCUGUCUGUCUGUCAUUGCCCAGGCCUUCAUGGACUCCUUCUCCCUGGCUGAGAAACAGUUGGGCAAGCAUGACCCAACCAAUAAGCUGCUCUAUGCCAAAGAUAUCUCCCAGUACAAGCAGGAAGUAAGGGCUUACUACAAGCAGGUCAGGGACCAGCCACCAAUCAGCAGCUCUGAGUUCAAGGAGUUCCUGCAUAAGGAGUCAAAGAAACAUGAAAACGAAUUCAAUGAAUCUGCUGCCCUCCGUGAACUCUACAAAUACRUGCAGCUGUACUUUGAUGAGAUUAAACUGAAGCUGGAUCAGAACGGCGCCCCCGUGGAGUUGAAGGAGCAACUGCAGCAUGUGAAGAGCCUGUUUGACAGCCUCAAGAGCUGUUCCUGGAACUGAGCUCACUCCCUCCCCUCUGACAUGCUGAAGGCCAGAAAGCUGCUCGAAGUACCGAUGCCCACCCCGCUUUGUGAUUCAAAGAUGGAAUAUGUCAGGAGACUACAUAGGGAUUUACAAUUCAAGAAAAAAAAAAAGAAAGG